AUGCCACCUGAGUUACCUAAACCUUCUGAGCCACCAGUACCAGAAGAGGAUGAGGAGGGGGAAAGCGACUAUAAGACCGCUUUAGCCUACCAAAAUACUGACACAAGAUGUUCUACACAAUGGGUUGGUUCUGAAAAUGAUUUUUGUGAUUUAUCACGAGAUUGGGUUUUAAUCAAAGCCAAUUCAAAUGAAAUGCUUCAAGAAGCACAUAAACCAAGUUUAUAUUUCUUUCAAGAUGUAACUAGAGGACCUAAAAGAGCUGAAGUCUUAUCAGAAGAAGAAGACAAAUGGAUAAGAUCAGCCUAUAUGGGAGGUUUAGUGUGGGCUGAGCCAUAUAAAAGAAUUGCAACCGAAUUAGAUUUCAAUGAAUAUUAUCCGAACAUCUUAGCUCAUAGUAGAGCUUUUUGGCCAAUAGGACCAGAUGAGUUUAGAACAUUCUCUCAUAUUAGCAUGAAUCCUAUUAGCUAUAAUCUGGAAUAUGAAAUUUAUCGUGCGAAUAUAGAAGGCCAGCUAGUAAACUAUAAAUGCACAAAAACAUUCCGCUAUAAUCUCACAGGAUAUUAUACUUAUUAUGACUUGCAAUUAGCAAAAAACCUAGGUCUUCACAUAGAAUUAUCCUCUAAAAGUCCUAAUGCUUUAAUAUUUGGACAAGAUCAGCUUAGGAGUGAGCAUAAUACUUUCUAUCAAUGGGCAAGUUACCUUUCAGCAAUUAAGAAUAAAGGCGGACUAGCAGGAAAAGUUGCAAAAUAUAUGUUAGUAUCUCUUUGGGGGCAAUUGUAUACAGAUAGGAGAAGACCAGGUCCACAUCAAUGUAUGGCACCAUUUAUUUCAGCAAAAGGACGUAAAAUUAUAUCAAAAAAAAUUAGACCAUUAGAUGAGCGUAUAAAGAGAAUCCAUACAAAUGGAUAUAUUAUUUUGGGCAAAGCUACUGAUCAGAUGCUUGGAAUAGAAUAUGCAGGUGGAAGGAGAGAGCAAAAAAUCGUAAAAACAGACAUUGUGUUGAUAAAGAAUGUGAUAAAUUUAAAGUGGGUCGACUUUGAAGAAAUAAUUCCUCCAGUAUCUAUGAAAUUGGAAAAGUCCCUCAUUUAUUACUUACCUUUACCAAAUGAGAUUCUAGAUAGAAUUUUCCAUUAUCAUAGAAAGAAUGAGGGUGAGAAAUUGUAUCCUCUUUUAUUAGUUAAUAAGCAAUAG